AUGGUUCCUGUGAUAAAAUGGAUCUGGUUACANCUGGAGCUCAUCUCUGGGAAAGACCAACCACAGGCAGCGGGUGUCUUUCGUCUCCUAGACAAAGGAGAUGUCUGGGUGCUGGAAAAGACUGCUAGAAAACCACUGGUUGUCAAUCCAGAAUUUGCUGAAUCACAGCUGGUGAACAGGAAUAAGAUAAAUCAGAUCUACUGCUUCACUUUGGAACCUCGCGGGGUUGAACAUUUCUUAGAGACAAACGACAUCCUCCAAACUGACCCGGUCAUAGUGUUCACCAAUAAGUCCAUCUGCUCUUUGCAAACACCCACAGGAUUCAAGGCUCUGAUUGGCUGGACCUACAGUGAGGUCACCUACAAACCUGAGGAAGGUGUUGAUGUCUUUGAAAUAAGAGAUGCAACAGAUGAUGAGAUCGAUCAGAUUUUGAGGGAACAGUUCAAUGUAAAGCUGCAAAACAAACUGGAGCCAAUAAACAACAAAAUACGCUACACAGUCUAGAAAUUCUGUUUUG